CCGCGGGCUGGACGGCGGCAUCGGGUCGGCCGGUCCCGGCUAUGGCAGCGACUGCGCUGGCGGCGGCGGCGGCCGAAGCGGCCGAUGGGUCCUCGGGGUCCUCGGGCCCGCCGAUGGCCGCGGCGCUGGAGCUGUGGCUCAAUAAAGCCACAGACCCAAGCACCCCAGAGCAGGAUUGGUCAGCAAUCCAAAACUUCUGUGAGCAAGUGAACACUGACCCCAGUGGCCCCACACAGGCCCCCUGGCUGCUUGCACACAAGAUCCAGUCUCCGCAGGAGAAGGAAGCUCUGUACGCCUUAAUGGUACUAGAGACGUGUGUGAACUACUGUGGGGAGAAGUUCCAUAAUGAGGUGGCCAAGUUCCGCUUCCUGAAUGAGCUCAUCAAGGUGCUGUCCCCCAAGUACUUGGGGUCCUGGAGCACAGACAUGGUGAAGGGCAGAGUCAUCGAGAUCCUCUACAGCUGGACUGUGUGGUUCCCAGAGGACAUGAAGAUCCGGGAUGCUUACCAGAUGCUGAAAAAGCAAGGAAUCAUAAAGCAGGACCCAAAACUGCCAAUGGACAGAAUUUUGCCCCCACCUUCUCCCUGGCCCAAGAGCUCCAUCUUCGAUGCAGAUGAGGAGAAGUCCAAGCUUCUGACACGACUCUUGAAGAGCAGCCACCCUGAGGACCUGCAGGCAGCAAACCAGCUGAUCAAGAGCUUGGUGAAAGAGGUGGGCAUGUGCCUCUGGGCCCACAUGAGGGAUAGGCGAGAGGGAGGUGACAGUGCCUGCACUUCAGUGUGGGAGCAGGAGAAGUCGGAGAAGGUGUCGAAGCGGGUAGGUGCGGUGGAGGAGGUGAGGAGCCACGUGCAAGUGCUGCAGGAGAUGCUGAACAUGUACCGCAAGCCCAGCCAUGCGCCUCCCGACCAGGAGGCUCUGCAGGAGGUCUAUGAGCGCUGUGAGAAGCUUCGGCCCACCCUGUUCCGUCUGGCUAGCGAUACCACAGAUGAUGACGCUGCGCUGGCCGAGAUUCUUCAGGCCAAUGACCUCCUCACACAGGGAGUCCUGCUGUACAAGCAGGUGGUGGAAGGUCGAGUCAGCUCCGGGAGCACUGUGCCCAGCUCUAGAGAACCUUUACCUGUCUCCGGAGUCCCUGGAAAUGCUCCGGACAGUGCCAAGAACUACCCUUUGAUCGACCUGGAGAUGGACAGUGGAUCUGAGCCCGACGGGACUAGAGCCCCCUCUUUGCUUCACCAUGACCUGGCAGCCUUAGGCAUCAGUGAUGCUCCACUCACCAGCAAGGUUUCUGGGCAGGGCUCGAGGAAGGCAGAGGCCCCCAGGGUUGCUACACUGCCAGCCAGCCAGCCUCCUGGCUCCUCUGCAGAAAGGAACUUGCUGGAUCUCUUCUCGACAAAGCCAACUGCAGAGCCCAUCCAUUCUCCACAGAAGAGCAUCCCUUGGGAGGUGCCCCCCGGCUCUAAGUCCUCUCCUGGCUGGGCCUGGGAGGCUGGCCCAUUGGCAUCUGCAUCUUCCCAGAACACACCUCUAGCUCAUGUGUUUGUGCCUCUGGAGUCGGUGAAGCCCAGCAGCCUGCCUCCUGUAACAGUGUAUGACCGGAAUGGAUUCCGAAUUCUGCUCCACUUCUCCCAGACGGGUGCCCCUGGCCACCCAGAGGUGCAGGUGCUGCUGCUGACCAUGAUGAGCACCGCCCCCCAACCCAUCUGGGACAUUACAUUCCAGGUGGCCGUGCCAAAGUCCAUGCGUGUGAAGCUGCAGCCAGCAUCUAACUCCAAGCUGCCGGCCUUCAGUCCUCUCACACCGCCGGCUGUCAUCGCACAGUUGCUGUUGCUGGACAAUCCACACAGAGAGCCCAUCCGGUUGAGGUACAAGCUGACAUUCAACCAGGGCGGGCAGCCUUUCAGCGAAGUAGGAGAAGUGAAAGACUUUCCUGCCUCUCUCCUGUUGGACAUCUCCUAGGAAACUAUCCUGUAGACACCCCCACCCCCAACGAGAUGUCUCCAGUCUCCAGUCUGCAGGCACAAAAGCCUAUUGACCUUUCCUGCUUUAUCUGUGGGGUUGAUUAGGGGGAGGAGAGAGGGUGAGGGAGAGAGAGAAGAGCUGAGAGAGAGAGAAUAUGAAUGAAUGUGUGUAGGGCAGGCCUGGGGUGUCGGUGGUGUGGAAGAUUCUGCCACAGCUCCCUUCUCUGUCUUCUGCUUGGUGGUGCCCCUCCUGCACGCUGGAGUUUACUAAGCCAAAGUUGUCUGUCUGCCUGCCACAUCCUGUUUCCUUUUCAUUGAUUCUCUUCAUGCCUUGUCAGCUUUGUUUUUUCCGGCCACACCCAAAACAUCCAAAAACACUCGCUCAGGAGUAGAACUCCUGGCUCUAUGCUCAGAAGUCACUCCUGUCAAGCUCAGGGGACCAUAUAUGAUGCCGGGAAUUGAACCUGGGUCUGUCCCGGGUCGGCCGAGUGCAAGGCAAAUACCCUACUGCUGUGCUAUUGCCCCUUGUCAGCUUUGAAUUUCUUGUUUGCUCCCUGGUUGCUGUUCUUGGAACUUCUGAGGGAGCUGGUUGGUCUUGGGGCCAAGGAGAGCUUCAGGGGCCAGAAAAGGCCUUGACUCCAUUUCCAUUAGCAAAUGCUGCUCUCAUAUGUUUGGGGAAAAUUGAAAUGGAGCGCAAGGGACUGCCCCUAGACCAGAGAGGCCCUGCCAUGACCUUCACCACCGUGCCUUACUCAGUCAGAGUCCUCUCGCCUGGGCUGGGACCUGCCUCCUGGCCUAAGUCCUUAUGCUUUCUCCGCAGCACUCAUACAGGCCUGUGUGGCUGUGACACCCAGUCAGGCCUUGUCACUCUUGGCGUCUGCCUGGGAUCAUUCAGGUCUGGCGAUCACAGUCUCCAAUAGAGCUGUGGUGGCAGCACAGAGGCAGAGCUUAGUGGUUUGCUUGGUGCCCGAAUGUAGAGUCAAUGAAUAAAUACCUGUGUUGCAAACA